GUGUGAGUAUAAAAAGCUACUGCUCUGUUUCAGUUGAGUUCAGAAACUCAACAACUGAAGUUUCAUCCCAGUGAAGUUUUUAUCCCGCUGACGUGCCGAACAACCACAACAUGAUCCAACGGUGUGUUGUGUUGCUGCUCGUUGCUCUUGCAGCUCUCUCUUUCGCAGCUCCAGUCCCAGAAGGAACAACAGCAGAUGACAGGAGUGCAGCCCUGCUGGCUCACCUCAACGAAGAAAAAACUACGCGUGAACCUGUGACCUCCCAGCCAGAUUCUGAUGACAGCAACUCUGCUGAACACACUGAAGCUCCCUCUGAAUCAGAUGAAACGACUGAGUCACCAGACAACAGUGAUGGAAAUGAUUCAACAAUAGACGAAAAUGAUGAAGCAGAUGAAGAUGCUGAUAGUGUCGACUCAACACCUGAAGAUUCAGCUGAAACCACUGAAGCACAAGGUGGAGACAGCAAAGAUUCUACAGACGACCCUGAUACUGAAGAUGCUGAUAGUGUCGACUCAACACCUGAAGAUUCAGCUGAAACCACUGAAGCACAAGGUGGAGACAGCAAAGAUUCUACAGACGACCCUGAUACUGAAGAUGCUGAUAGUGUCGACUCAACACCUGAAGAUACUGAAGACUCUGCAGCUGAUGCAGAAAGUGAGGACAAAAGUGACGCCAACUCCAACAAAAGCAUGAACACUGGUGCUGACUCUGAGGCUGACGCUGACAGUGACACUGACAGUGAGGCUGACUCUGAGGCUGACACUGACACUGAGGCUGACGCUGACACUGACUCUGAGGCUGAUGCUGACAGUGAGGCUGACACUGACACUGAUUCUGAGGCUGACUCUAAGGCAGACUCUGAGGCUGAGGCUGACUCUAAGGCAGACUCUGAGACUGAGGCUGACUCUAAGGCAGACUCUGAGGCUGAGGCUGACUCUGAGGCUGACUCUGAGGCUGACUCUGAGGCUGACUCUGAGGCUGAGGUUACCACAGCAGACGAGGAUGACAGCAAUGACGACAGCCUGACUCUGGAUGACUUAGAGGAGGAGUUGAAGGAAGGGAGCAAAGAACCAGAGGGGGGGGAGAAAGAGGGGAUCACAGACGAAGACACGUCAGAGGAGGUGGAACCAGCAGAGGGUGAGCAGGUGAUCACAGACGAAGACAUGUCAGAGGAGGCUGAACCAGCAGAGGGUGAGCAGGUGAUCACAGAUGGAGACACGUCAGAGGAGGUGGAACCAGCAGAGGGUGAGCAGGUGAUCACAGAUGAAGACAUGUCAGAGGAGGUGGAACCAGCAGAGGGUGAGCAGGAGGUGAUCACAGACGAAGACAUGUCAGAGGAGGUGGAAACAGCAGAGGGUGAGCAGGAGGUAAUCACAGACGAAGACAUGUCAGAGGAGGUGGAACCAGCAGAGGGUGAGCAGGAAGUGAUCACAGACGAAGACAACAGUGACGUGGACAAUGACAGCGUGAUCGAGGACACAGACAUUGAAAACCUGAGCGAUGGAGACAGUGAGACUGACAUUGACAGUGAAACUGAGCCUGACAUUCAGGACGACAGUGAUAUGCUGGACUCAGGGGUCACAGAGGAGGAAGAGGAGGUGAACGAUGACGACUCUGCAAAGACAGAUAAUGAGGAGAAUGAGGAGCAGAGUCUAGACAGUCUCGACUCCACUGAAGCAACACCCGCCGACCAACCAGACCAACCAGACCAACCAGACCAGCCUGACUCCACAGCUGCCACCACCGACACCAUGAUAUAGACUCUUGGCCUCUGAACUGUGGAAGCUCAGCGACUCCAGAGCCAACCCCACAGUGAAAUACAGUUGCCAUGACAACAUCACCAACAACAACAACAACAACAACAACAACAGCAACAACAACAACAACAACAACAACAAGCUAAACUGCAAAUAAACCUGUAGCUUCCUAUUUGUUUUCACUCCUCAGCUAAUUCCUGAAUGGUUGUCUCCAUGUUCUUCAAACUCUGGUUGCUUUACUUUUCCACCAAUCAGCCGUCUGCGUGUUUAAUGUGUGUCACUGUCUGCCUGUCUGUCUGCCUACCUGCAGUCUGCCUGCAGUCUGCCUGCCUGUCUAUCUGCAGUCUGCCUGUCUGCUGAUCUGAGAUCUGCUCUGUUUACACAUUGAAGUGUACAUACAUUAAUGACUGUCCACAGAGGAACUGCUAAUAAAGUUUGAACUGUCAAAACCUUC